UCCUGUUGCUGCCCGUCUCAGGCCACCCUCCUUGUCUUCUGCCCUUGCCUUUUGUUCGUCGCGGUCAAGCAGUCGCGCGACGCCGCAACUUUCCGGAAUAUAGCGCGUCGAAGGAGUCCACUCGUACGAGUGACUGAAUAGCCGAACCUUUCGGUGUAUAAGAGUUUCGUCGGAAGUGAGAGGUCGUUACGAGCAGCAAUGCCGCGACCAUACGCUAGAACCGCAUCCCUCGUUGUUUCGUUACUUGGUGCUGUAGGCAACGCAGCCAUUGCACUGCAGCUGCUGUCAUUAUGGCGGACGUUCAAGUGGGAGUUUGAGAGCGACUGGGAGACGGAGGGGUCACCGACGUCGUGGUUGUGGGGUAUCCAAGGAGUGAAGCUUGCGUGGGGCUUGCUCUCAGUAUACUUCGCAUUUUCAGCCAUCGCCAGCAUAGUCGGGUUUGCUGGCAUUCUCAAACACCGACUGUCGUUCGUGCGGUUCUACCGCGACUACUCGAUAGCAGACUUUGCGUUCUCCACCUUCCUCACCCUGUUCGCGACGUACGAGUCGUUCCGCAACUCUGUGCGCGCGGGGGUGUGCGAAGAGCUGUCACGGCAGCCCGAGUGGCUGCGCGACAUGGCGGACAUGGGGCUGAACCUCGAGAACUGCGAGCUGUGGUUCGAGCGCGCGUCCAUCGCGCUCAUAGGCGUUAUGGGCAUUGUGCUCAUUGUCCGACUGCACUUCCUGGUGGCGGUUCUGACAUAUUACUGCUCACUAUCAAGACAUCAGCAGGCCUUGCCGAUAUACACGUCAAUGCGCCCCAUCUCGCACACGCCCUCGGCGCAGCGUGUGUACCUGCUGCCCAGCCCGACCGAGGAGACGUUCCCUGUGUCUCAUCACACGACCUCGGACGCGAUGCGAGAAAACAAUGACACCGAGUACCUCGUAUAUGCGCCCGUACCGCUGUCGAUUCUCUCGGAGGCGCAGGCGCGUGACCUGAACGCCACGGAGGCGUGGUUGUCUCGUGCCCCCGAGGCCACCGGCACUGCGUCGAAAUCAAGACACUCGCACUCGCACUCGAGGAGCCAUCGACAUAAGUCCAGCGGCCGGAUUAGCCUGGCCGUGAUCCCCGACGAGGGCCUGUUGCCUUCGUACGAGGAGUCGCGUAUUAGGGAGGUGAAGGCCUGAGCGCCGCAGCUGCGUCUGCUCGAGUGUAUUUAUUCCGCAUUGUCUUCCUUUCCGUCUCACCACCCCAUCCAGUCCCAGCAAUUCCGGCGUUCGGAGUUCAUCCCCUCCUUUGCAAUUGUUCCCAUAUCUCUCGGUCUGUCCGUCUCUCCACUUCUCCACAUCAUUGUGCAUCGUGAUCAUCCCAUUCGGCCGCGAUCCCGUGUAACUAUCUUGGUGGCCUGAUGGUCUCUUCCUACUCUGGUAUGAUAGAGCGGCCCUUUUUUCUUGAUGAUGUCUUGUGCUCAUGAGAGUUUGUUGUACAAUUAAGAUACGUAGAGUACGCGUAGGAUAUUCGGCUUCACACUGCAAUUUGUAUUUGUGGUGUCAUGAAUAUCUCGGGGAGGUCCCACAGAACUGCC